AAGGAUCUAUGAUCAGUAAAUUCCUCAUCUUCCUUCUCAUACCCUGUUGCAUUUCUCUUGACACUAUUACACCAAACCAACCUCUAAAAGAUGGCGACGUUCUUGUGUCAACCGAAAAAAUCUUUGCACUUGGAUUUUUCAGCCCCGGAAAGUCUCACAACCGUUAUGUUGGAGUUUGGUACUACCAAGUUCCUAACCAAACAAUUGUGUGGGUUGCAAACAGAGAUAAUCCUGUCAAUGGAAGCUCUGGUCUUCUAGCAAUUCAUGGAGACGGGGGCCUUGUGAUCUAUGAGAAAGACCAAAAGAUUCCUAUUUGGUCCUCUAAUGUUACUCUCUCCUCUCCAAACAAUUCUAUGGCCAAGCUUUUGGAUACAGGAAAUCUUGUAUUGCUGGAGAAUGAGGUAAGCCAAAAUGUACUAUGGGAAGGCUUUGAUCAUCCUUCAAAUACUAUGCUUCCAUUUAUGAAACUUGGGGUGAACAGGCAGUCUCGAAUAGACUGGUUUUUGACAUCUUGGAAGUCUCAAGAUGACCCAGGAACCGGGAACUGUUCAUAUCGGAUUGACUCAAGUGGAUUUCCACAGCUGAUUUUGUACAAGGAUGGAGCUCCGUGGUGGCGGGCUGGAACUUGGACUGGCCUGAGAUUGAGUGGCGUGCCUGUCUCAUCACCUAAUUUCAUCUUCAAUAGUAGUUUUGUGAACAAUCAAGACGAGAUAUCCGUCAUGUAUGUUGUUAAUAAUGCCUCCUCAAUCUUCACUAGGACCGUGCUAGAUGAAACAGGAACCAUGGCACGGUCCACAUGGAAUGGUGAAGCACACGAAUGGAACGUGUUUUGGUCAGCCCCAGUAGAGCGGUGUGAUUACUAUGGACGCUGUGGUCCAAAUAGUAACUGUAACCCGGACUAUAUAGAUACCACUGAAUGCACAUGCCUACCUGGGUUUGAACCCAAGUCGCCCACCGAUUGGUACUUGAGAGAUGGGUCCGGUGGGUGUAUUCGGGGAAAAGGAGUAUCCAUGUGUGGAAAUGGGGAAGGAUUUGUGAAAAUUGUACGAGUAAAGAUACCAGAGUCGUCUAUGGCAAGUGUAAACAUCAAUUUGAGUUUGAAAGGGUGUGAACAAGAGUGCUUGAGAAAUUGUUCUUGCACUGCAUACUCGAUUGCAGAUGAGAACAAGGGAGGAAUUGGAUGCGUGACAUGGCAUGGAGAUCUUAUGGACAUAAGGACUUUAUCAAAUAGUGGCCAAGAUUUAUAUGUUCGAGUUAAUGCUACUGUCUUGGCUCAAUAUGCCAAGUCCAAUGGUUCUCUUACCAAAAAGGCAAAGCUGGCAAUUUCAAUAGUAUCUGUCCUAUUGUUCUUUCUUGUGGUUUUCCUCGUGUACUGGCUGGUGAAGAGGAAGUUGCAAGGAAAGAAAAGACCAAAUAUAUUUGUAUCAAGAGUUCCCAAAGGAUCAAUGUACUUCGAAAAGUCUACUGCAGAUAUUGAUGAUGUGAGUACAAUAAACUCAUCAGAAUUACCAUUUUUUGGAAUAAGCAUCAUAUCUGCAGCCACAAACAAUUUCUCAGUGUCUAACAAGCUUGGAGCAGGCGGUUUUGGCUCCGUUUAUAAGGGCGUGCUUUCUAAUGGGAAGGAAGUAGCAGUGAAAAGAUUGUCUAAGCAUUCUGGCCAAGGAAUUGAAGAGUUUAAGAAUGAAGUUAUGCUGAUUGCAAAACUACAACACAGGAACCUUGUGAGGAUUUUAGGCUGUUGUGUUCAAGAUGAAGAGAAGAUGCUAAUCUAUGAAUAUGUGCCGAACAAAAGUUUGGACUACUUCAUUUUUAAUGAAACCAACAAAGCACUUUUAGAUUGGACGAGACGGUUUGAGAUAAUCUGUGGGAUUGCUAGAGGGAUAUUAUAUCUUCAUCAAGAUUCAAGAUUAAGAAUCAUCCAUAGAGACUUAAAAGCCAGCAAUGUUCUACUAGAUGCUUCUAUGAACCCCAAAAUUGCAGAUUUUGGUUUGGCUAGAAUCUUUAGAGGAGAUCAGAAUGAAUCAAAAACAAAUCGUGUGGUUGGGACAUAUGGUUACAUGUCGCCAGAGUAUGCAAUGGAAGGAUUGUUUUCAGUAAAGUCAGAUGUAUAUAGCUUCGGCAUUUUACUACUAGAAAUCAUUAGUGGUAGAAAGAACACUGGUUAUUAUGAUGAAACAUAUCCCGACUCCAAUUUAGUUGGACAUGUUUGGAAUUUGUGGAGGGAAGAUAAUGCCUUGGAAAUAGUUGAUUCAUCUCUGGGAGACUCGUUGCAGUUUGAUGAAGUUCUGAGAUGUAUACAAAUUGCGCUCUUGUGUGUGCAAGAUUUUCCCACCGAGCGACCAACCAUGUCAGCAGUUCUUGUAAUGUUAAGUAAUGAUGCAGCUCUUCCUCCGCCGGGAAAACCUGCAUUUCUAGUGAAGAAAGCUGGUACCAGUGAAGAAAAUUCUAUCAAUUAUGUGACAUGUACUAUUGUAAGAGCUCGGUAGAGGCCAACAGUGUAAGAUGUAUUUGGUUAGUAAGUAAAUUAAUGACUAAAAUCAUUGACCAAGACACAAAUGAACAUGUACAAUGCCAUUAUGACACUGUAUUGAUCAUAGAUGAUACUAUAGAAGUGAUUACUAAUAAU